AUUAGAAGGGUAUCAUUAUCUGGAAUCACACCAAUUCAGCAAGAAUUGCGAAUGAUCGAGUACAUUUUUAAUCAAUCAUAUAUUGUCGACCGCUCUCCCGCCAGCUGUUCGCAGUCGAUCGCUAUAGAGAGGUACUCGGUCUUCUUGGAUCACAUACCGUGGAUCCCUCUACGUUGUCUCGACUCUCGAAGGGCAUGGCUCAAUCGUCUGCGGAAAUCCCAAGGGUGGAGCUGAAUGACGGCGUUAAGAUUCCGAUUCUUGGGUAUGGCACUGGCACUGCCUGGUUUAAAACAGGCGGGGCGACAGGCAUUGAUCGAGAGUUAGUUGAGUCGAUCAAAACUGCGAUCAAGCUAGGAUAUCACCACUUGGAUGGCGCGGAAGUCUAUGGUACCGAACCAGAGAUAGGACUGGCCAUCAAAGAGAGUGGCGUCCCACGGGAGCAACUUUUUGUGACAACCAAGGUGAUCACGAAUAUUGCGGACAUCCCCAGAGCGAUAGAUGCAAGCCUGGAGAAACUGCAACUCAGCUAUGUGGACCUAUAUCUGAUCCAUUCCCCAUUCUUCGCCAAAUCGGACAAUGAGUUGCAAGAAGCCUGGACUGCCAUGGAGAAGGUCAAGGCCGCUGGGAAGGCCAGGUCUAUUGGUGUCUCCAAUUUCCUACAAAGUCACCUAGAGGCAAUUCUCAAAUCCGCCAAGGUCACUCCCUCGAUCAACCAGAUUGAGUACCACCCAUAUCUACAGCAUGGCGGCCUUGUUCCGUUCCAGGGAGACAAGGGAAUCAAGACAGCGAGCUACGGGCCUCUUACACCCAUUACUCGAGCAAAGGAUGGGCCCCUCGGGGAGCUACUGCAAAAUCUCGCCUACAAAUAUGGGGUCAGUGAAGGCGAGAUCCUGCUCAGGUGGUCCAUAGACCGGGGGGAUGUUUCAAUCACGACAAGCAGCAAGGAGUCUCGUCUCAGCAGCUAUUUGCGUGCGUUGCUCUUCCGACUGACGCCCAAAGAAUUGGACGAAAUUUCCACUAUCGGAUGUCAGAAACAUUACCGGGCAUUUUGGAGGGAUAAAUUCGCAGAUGAUGAUCGUUCCUGAUUCAACGUGUAGCGGCAGCCAGAAGCCUCUCUCCUUCCCUGCUCGAGGCAAUUAUGGCCCGGCUUUGAGGGUAUGUACCUGCGAUUAGAGGUGUACUAUACACUUUUAUUGACACGGGAGCAUAUGGUCCGAUGUGCGCUUAUGUCCCGCUGUUAGGCGUACUCACCUUGAU